AUGCAGAUGGAUCUAUCGAGCGAUACAAGGCAAGACGUGUGGCAAAAAGCUAAUUUGGAUUGGCCACUACACCAGUUUGAUGUAAAGAAUGCUUUUCUACAUGGUGAACUCACGGAGAAGGUGUACUUGGACAUUCCUCCUGGAUAUAAUACUACUCAAACUUUAACAGUUUGCAGGUUACGAAAAGCAUUGUAUGGAUUGAAACAAUCACCACGUGCAUGGUUUGGACGGUUCACCAUGGCAAUGAAGAACAAUGGUUUCAAACAGUGCAACUCAGAUCAUACUCUAUUCUUGAAACAUCGGAAAAGGAAGGAAAUAUCACAGCUACAAGACUAUUUGGCUAUUGAGUUUGAGAUGAAUGAUCUAGGUGGACUCAAGUAUUUCUUGGGAAUUGAGGUGGCUCGAUCGCAGCAAGGCAUAUUUCUCUCUCAAAUGAAAUAUGUCUUGGACUUGUUGACAGACACAGGGAUGCUAGAUUGCAAACUUGCGGACACUCCUAUUGUUCAGAAUCAUCAUAUUGGAGAAUAUCCGGAUCAAGUUCCAACUAACAAAGAAAGAUACCAAAGGUUAGUGGAAAGAUUGAUCUAUUUGUCACAUACUCGACCAGACAUUGCUUAUGCGGUGAGCGUUGUCAGUCAAUUUAUGCACUCUCCAAGUGAAGACCACAUGAAUGCAGUUCUUCGGAUACUUAGAUAUUUGAAGUCUGCACCUGGAAAAUGA